AUGCCAAAUAAAAAAAUAAAAAGAGAAAGCACAGAGAACGAGCUGGAGGAGACCUUUGAGGACUUCAACCAGCUGCUGGAGCGCGCAGAGAAAGAGUACAGCGGCUCGGAGAGCGAGUCUGGCAGCGAGCACGAAAACAUCAGUGAAAAUGAAAACAGCAGCGAAGAGCUGAGCAGAGAUACGGAAAAGAGCGAGGAAGAGUCAGAUGCAAGUGCUCACUCAGAUGCUGAUGAAGAGCUGCUUCGGCUAGACGAGCUGAAUAACGAAACAGAGGAAAUAAAGCCCUCGCAGAAAAAGGAAGAUCUAACAAGCACCUACAGACUGCUGGCCGUUAUGCACAAAGAUGGGCCCUCUGGUACGCUCAGCGCAGAGAGCUAUGAAUUCCUGAGCUCUUUUAACUUGGAAAAUACAAUCGAGGUUUUGGAGGAAAAGUCGAAGAGUGUCAUAGGCCAGGUGGAGGCGCAGUUCAAGAUACUCCCGGAAUACAAGAGGAUGAACAAGCAGAAGCCUCUGAAACAGAGAAUAAAGCUUGGAAUAGCAGAGAAACUAAAGAAAAACUUAAACGGGUACAGCGACAUUCCCUUUAUCAUUGGUAUAACAAAAGACUUCUGCUACAAAACAGGAACUAAAAUAUACAAUAAAAAACCAGAAAAAAGAAGAGUGGAGCUGAAGGUGGACGAGAGAAAAGUGUACGAGAAACUGGUGGGGUUCUGCAGCAGGACAGGAGAAUACGCGUGGUCAGAGGAGAAGAACGAUGAGUUUGUUAAGUGUGUAUUUAAAGAGUGA